AUGAUUGUUACAUUUUUAUUAUUAAUUAUUCCAUUGAUCGGUUUAACAACAAGUCAAAUUCCAAAUCCUAUUCGAUAUCAAGUUAGUUUUAGUGGUGGAUCACAUUAUGCUGUUGAUAAAAUACGUUGGAGAUUGAGUUCCAAAAUAUGUACAUCAGGUGAAACUGUACCAUCGAAUUGUAGUUCUCAAGAAAUCUACGUUCCCAGUGAAGGUCGUACUUAUAAAUUUCAACUCACUACCGCAAAUCCAUGUAUUGUAAAUCGAGGUGCAUUUCUGAAAUACAUUGAUAUUUGGCCUGGUAUUGUCGAGUCUUUUGGUGGAGAAAAUAAAACAUAUGAUAAAAUUAUUUUUGAUAAAGAUUGUGAUGGACCUUGUUUGACUUGGUUUAUUUCAUAUAAUGAAACUGUUUAUUCAUUUAUGCAUUAUGAACGUCGAUUAUAUAUUAGACAAGCAGAUUCAAGACCAAUUAAAACUACUUUAGCAUGGUAUGAUCUCAAAACAGGACAAUUAGUAGCAGAAACUGAAAGUAAAAUUACUUAUUGGAAUUUAGAUGAAAUACCAGAUUCAAAAUUUCAAUUUCCAAUGGAUAUUAAGAAAUGUUAUUAUGCAUAA